AUGAAAGUCAUGGGCUCCAUCUCCCUGGACCGUCCCCAACGACAGAUGUCUGCGGCCGCAAUUACAGUCCCAACCUACUGCUACUACCCAAUGGGACAGUCCUUGCCAAGCUCAGCAACGCUCGCGAUCAUCGGGUCGUCUGGAUGGACAGAUUACGAGGCCAGUGCCGAUGUCGUCAUUACGAGCAAGUCGGGUGUGGUUGGCCGGGCGUCUUGCUUCCAAUACCUUGACUAG